GAAUCUGGGCUGAUGGGAACUUACAGCUCAUUUUAAGGAGGCUGCUUUUUGUGUGAGGUGGGAUGAAGAGGAAUCUUCCAUGAGUAUAGGAAUUUAGAGGAAACUGUGGACAUACCUGCCCUCAAGUACAGGUGAGAUGUUGGGGCCAAGUGUGUUUAGUGCUUGGAGGACUUGAUGCUUGUCUCCAGCAUUGAUGAACCACAUCUUUGUGGGUUUUCCAGAGCUAUUGGACAACAUGUGCAUAAAUGAUUUAUUGCAACAUUGGAGCUCAGUGGAGGUCAGCCAAGAAUGAAGUCAUUGGGAAUGAAGCUGGGAUAGAGCUGCAAGGUGUUGCUGAACCUGUUAUUUAGAAGGUGAAGUGCCCUGCAGAAGCUGACGCUUGGGUGUGUCCUUUGGUUAACACAGUCACCUGUUGCAUCAUGGAGGUGACCCAGUGACAACAGUGGGUCCUUCUGGAAGGAAGUGCAAAAAUCCUCAGAAGAGCAUUAGUCGAAAUGGAACCAUCACACCCAGAAACAUCCCAGGGAAGGAAGUUAAAAUGAAGAUCUGUUUGGGUUGGCAAAUGCAUGCAGAGCAGCCUUAGAAGAUCUGAGGUGUUUCAAAUGCUGAGCUGAGGAAUUUGAAGUGUCUUAGAAAUGCAGCGUGGAGCUCAAGCAACAGCUGCAAGUCUUGGCAAAGCUUUGCCACAGGAUUUUAUGAAAACUCUUUGUGAUGUCAUUCUUAUGGUUCAAGAAAGAAAGAUCCCAGCUCACCGUGUUGUGCUUGCUUCAGCCAGUCAUUUUUUUAACUUGAUGUUUACUACAAAUAUGAUUGAAUCCAAGUCCUUUGAAGUGGAGCUAAAAGAUGCAGAGCCUGACAUUAUUGAACAGCUCGUGGAAUUUGCUUAUACUGCAAGAAUCUCAGUUAACAGCAAUAAUGUCCAGUCUUUACUAGAUGCAGCAAACCAGUAUCAGAUUGAACCUGUGAAAAAAAUGUGUGUGGACUUUUUAAAAGAACAAGUUGAUGCUUCCAAUUGUCUUGGCAUAAGUGUGCUAGCAGAAUGCCUAGACUGCCCAGAACUGAAAGCCACUGCAGAUGACUUCAUCCAUCAGCAUUUCACCGAGGUUUACAAGACAGAUGAGUUUCUUCAGCUUGAUGUUAAGCGUGUGACACAUCUCCUGAACCAAGAUACAUUGACAGUGAGGGCAGAAGACCAGGUUUAUGAUGCAGCAGUCAGAUGGCUGAAGUAUGAUGAGUCAAAUCGCCAGCCGUACAUGGUUGAUAUUCUUGCCAAAGUCCGAUUUCCUCUAAUAUCAAAGAACUUCUUAAGUAAAACUGUUCAGGCUGAACCACUUAUUCAGGAUAACCCAGAAUGCCUUAAAAUGGUGAUCAGUGGGAUGCGGUACCACCUCCUUUCCCCAGAAGACCGAGAAGAGUUAGUGGAAGGAACCCGACCAAGAAGAAAAAAACAUGAUUAUCGCAUUGCUUUGUUUGGAGGCUCUCAGCCCCAGUCCUGCAGAUAUUUUAAUCCCAAGGAUUACAGCUGGACAGACAUCCGAUGUCCCUUUGAAAAGCGCAGGGAUGCAGCUUGUGUCUUCUGGGACAACGUAGUUUAUAUUUUGGGUGGUUCCCAGCUCUUCCCUAUAAAGCGAAUGGACUGCUACAAUGUGGUGAAGGAUAGCUGGUAUUCCAAGCUAGGACCUCCAACACCUCGAGAUAGCCUUGCAGCCUGUGCUGCUGAGGGCAAAAUUUAUACAUCUGGUGGUUCAGAAGUGGGCAAUUCUGCACUGUAUUUAUUUGAGUGCUAUGACACAAGAACAGAGAGCUGGCACACAAAGCCCAGCAUGCUGACUCAGCGCUGCAGCCAUGGGAUGGUGGAGGCGAAUGGGCUCAUUUAUGUAUGCGGAGGCAGCCUGGGAAACAAUGUUUCCGGAAGAGUCCUGAAUUCCUGUGAAGUUUAUGACCCAGCCACAGAAACGUGGACUGAACUGUGUCCAAUGAUUGAAGCCAGAAAGAAUCAUGGGCUGGUAUUUGUAAAGGACAAAAUAUUUGCUGUGGGUGGACAAAAUAGUUUAGGUGGCCUUGAUAAUGUAGAAUAUUACGAUAUCAAGAUGAAUGAAUGGAAGAUGGUGUCUCCAAUGCCAUGGAAAGGUGUAACAGUGAAGUGUGCUGCUGUGGGAUCUAUAGUCUAUGUCCUGGCUGGUUUUCAGGGUGUUGGUCGCUUAGGGCACAUUCUUGAAUAUAACACUGAAACAGACAAGUGGAUAGCCAACUCCAAAGUCCGUGCUUUCCCAGUGACAAGUUGUUUAAUCUGUGUUGUAGACACUUGUGGGGCAAAUGAAGAAACUCUAGAUAUCUGAAGACUGUAGGAGAUGCUGAGGCAUUCUUCAAGGACUUGGGAAAAGAUGGUUAUCGGUGCUUUGCUUCCAUGUUUUACUGAAUCAUAUUAAAUUUAGUAACAGGAAAAAGAAUGAGAUGCAGACUUUCAAUUUGUAUAUACAGCAUAUUGUAUAAUGUGGAUUUUGUCAUGCCCAUUUUCUUGUCUGUUUUAAAGAGAUGGGGAUGUGUUUUGAGAAUCCACUUACCUAGGUGAUAUCACGUGGCAUCUUCUUUUAAAAGGACUGUGAGUGUGGCCUUGUCAGAGACCCAAUCCAAAUAUUUAGAAUGCAUCUCAAGCAUUUGAUAAAGAAAAAAUUCUGGUUAAAUGACAUUUUACCAAGAUCAGUUGCAGAGAUGUUUCCUUUAAUGAAGGUGAGUAAAUACAGCUUGGCUCAUGAGAAAGAUGAGCGAUUUUUUCUCCUUCAUACCUACCUGCAGAAAUCUUACUGGGAUGAAAUGAAGAUAUUUUCUCAGGAAAGACCAAGGACUGCUGUCUAAUAAAGAUUCCCAAUGUUUCAACAGCUCCCUAGGUCAUGAUAGCUGCCCUCUUCCAGUGAGUUUCUUCCGUCAUUUGCAUGACUCCUUAUCAGUUUUUUAAGGUUAGAGAGGCCAUACAUAAAAAUUAGAGAAACACUUUGAUGGUCUCUUUGGCAUUUUGUGAAGCCUUCACAGAAAGACUUUUUGAUUAUUUUUUUUUUUUUUAAUUACACUGAGGUAGGGAAUGGUGGGGCAAGUCGACGACAAUUGUGCACUAUAAUUAGCAAGUUGGAAACUUGGAAAGAAAUUUCAAAUCUAUCUUCCUAGGCAUCAGACUGUACAUACUGUAGAUGCCAAACCAUUAGCAAACAUGGGAACGGGAAUGAGAAAAGCAAAGUCAAUACAACAGAUAUAUUGAUUUUCUUCUUGAAAAUGACUGUUUUUAAAAUGGCAUGAACCAAGUAAUUAAAGAUACUUUACAGAAGUCUUCAGAAGUUGCGCAUGGUUAUUCAUCUCUGGUUUAGAAGCACAGAGUUCUGUAAAUGCUUCCAGCCCACAUGAUGGUAAAUUUAUUCACACAGCCUUAAAGUCCAGCCUCUCAAGCUCUGGGUGUCAUCGACAUUGUGUGCCUCUUCCCGGUUCUGGAAAACUAUACAAAUGACAUCUGUCCUGCUCCCAUGCUAGUUUAUUCAUAGCUGCAUCGUAGUUUCACCACCUAUCUUCUAACUUGCUGAUUUUUUCAGGUCUGUUUCUAUGAGACUUAGUGAGUUAACUUCAAAAGUUGGUGCUUGCCUACCUCUGCCUUGCUCCUGCUGUGGAUGUUUAGUCUAUUUUAGUUCUGAAGUUCCUCCAGCUUCUAAGUAAAUCCUGUUUUUUUCAAAGUCAAUGAUUCUUUGUAGACUUGCUCCUCAUUUCCUUCCUCAUCCUGACAACUCUGCCUGUACGGACAGGACUAGAUGCACUCAUGGCCUCCAUUGUGGUUCCUGCAACUUCCUUCUUUAUUCAGCAGCUUUUCAGAUGUCUUCUUUCAGAAGAACUGAAUCUGGAGUACUAUGACAGCAAAGAGUAAAACUGGAAAAUGUAUAGAUGCUGUUGAACUGUAACCACAACAGUGGGAAAACUGGCUGAUUCAGUGGAAAGCUUUAAAUGCAUCAACAAAAGCAUCUUUGCUCUCUGCUUUCAAGACCAUGGGCACUCAAGCAGCACCUGCCUUUGGAAUGGGAGGACAGCCAACCUCAGGCUUUGGGCUGUCAAGCUUUCCUGUGAGCAGCAGCAGCACCAGUGCCAGCAGUUUCUCCUUUAAAACCAGUUCCAGCCUCAUCAGUUCAGCAUCAUCUGGGAGCAGCCCUGCUGCUGAUGGGAGGUCUGCUGCUGCUGCAAAUCCUCCUGCAUUUGGGACAACAUCCUCUCCUAGUGCACCCCAAUCCGUUGGCUUUGGCAGCCCGGCCGCUCCCUCCGCGGCCUCCUUCUCCUUUAAAGCAGCUGCCACGGCUGGUGGCUUUGGGACUUCUGGCUUUUCAGGCUUUGGCAGUGCUCCUGCUGGGAACUCUGCAAGCACCACUCCAGCAGCCUUUGGGACCUUUGGUGCCACCGUCCCCACUUCUGCCUCACCUUUGUGCGGUGCUUUAUUUGGCCAGAGCACCGGUGCCUCCGGACAUCCUGUCACCUCAGCGUCUGCUGCAGCCACCACCUCCAGCCCUGCCUCAGAGAAGUUAUUCACACCCAAGAGCGAGCUGUCAGCUGAAGAGUGGCAACAGUUUGAAGCAAAGGAGUUCACAAUUGGAAAGAUUCCUCUUAAGCCACCACCAUUAGAACUUUUAAAUGCUUUCGACCUUUUAAGUUUAUUCUGAAAUGUUAAUUUUUAUUACCUCUCUCAAUUCUCUUUGCAGAAAUAAAUGUACAAGUAUAAACUUUUGAACAUUAUUUUGGGAUGGACUUCUUACAUCUGUAAGAUGAACUGUUGAAACUAAAAUGGAACAUUUCCUUCUAUAUGCUGUCCUGUGAAAUUCUGUACAAAGACUCUGAAAAAUAUGUUGUCAAAAGAAAGAAUGUUUCAGUCAGGUAUUUAGAACCUACUCUUGUAUCAAUGAAUUGUCUCAAAAUGUACGCUCUGUGGGUGUAGGAUUGGCCAUGAAAGCUUUUUUCCCCAUUGCCCCAACAACUGGUAUUGUAAAUUUAUUGGUGAGCCCUUACUGAUAGUUAUUACUGAAUGUGUGCCUUUGCUGUCUAUCAAAAAUCUGGUGUUUUAUUCCCCA